CGUGUUGUGUGAUUAUCAACUCGAAUCCCGCCCUCAGGCCACUAUCCCAUUUUAACAGUAUUUACAUACAAGCAAAUACCUCGUCACUAUGCCGUGACGCUUAUUAGUCGCCCCUAAUCGAUUGUUAAAAGAGAAAGCGUUUUUUUUUCUUCAUCUUUUAAGGUGAUUAUCUUUCAUUUUCAAUCUUGAUUAUUUUUUCUCUCUCUUCUUACUAGUCCGUUACGAUGGGAUCAUUUCUCAUUUUCAUCUCCAAAACCAAAAAAUGUAUCAGGCUUGACACGGGAAUGAAGGCGUUAACGUGUUAGCUCGUUUUAUUCAAUGUGAUUGUGCCAUGAAACGAAGCGACCGACAGGCUCGAGGUGGAGUCUUUUACUCAAUAUUGGUAACGGGUUGCUCUUUUGCAAUCGACACCAGCCUAUUUCAAGGGUUACACAGUUUAACUUUUGUUUUCAUAUAAAAACCCAUCACCAUCCAAAUUGGUCAACUCAUUAGUGUAUUCGGCUUGAAAUUGAACACUUGAAAAGUAAUCUUUUGUUAAGCAUUGUCUUCCAUCCAAUCCAUCAUUUACAAAUUGAUAACCAUGCGAGUGACUAUGGGUCUCCUUGGCAUUCUGGCCUUUUUAGCAUUGACUUCAGCUCAAGACAAUCAUUCGAAGCAAAAACGUGGUCAUCCUGGCCCUAAAAUGGUUCCUGUGCCUGUCCCAAUACCUGUUCCAGUUCAUCAUCACCACCAUCAUCCAGUAGUAAUGCCAGCCGGAAGCAACAACUAUCAAGAAUGGACUGGUCCAUCAGCUCAACUUUUCCCAGAGGCUCAAAUGAUCCAAGAGUCACAAGACAACGGUUUCUUUGAUCCAAGAGGAUUAAGAGAUUUCCAUGAAAUGCACCAGCCAAUGGCUUAUCCAAGAUACGCUUUCCAACCUGGUUAUGAUGGUGGUCGACCUCGUAAGAAUUAUUAUUCAGCAACAGCUGGUCACUCAUCUGAACGAUCAGGCGAUAAUCAUUACGCUCCUGGUGGUGAGGCAAGAGGACACAGAAGACGUGUUCGACCAUCUCGUCCAGAAAUGGAAUCCCAAGUUCCAGGUCCAAUGAAACCAGCAGAGUCUUUCCAAGAAAACAAUGAAUGGUAGAUUGUAUAAUUUUUUCAAACCAGUUAGCAAAAGAUGAUCAAAAAAUGGAGGGAAAAGUGUUGCCAAUGGCAACUUGUUAUCGUCUGUUAACAGAAGAUAAACAAAAAAAUCAACAAUUAUUCAAUCACUUAUGCUAAUACAAUAACCAUCAAAAUCAUAGUCACCAUUUCACCUUCAUCUUCACAAACCUCAAUCAUCAUCAAAAUGAAUUUUUUUGCCUGUCUUCAUUAGACAAUUAGACCGUGAACAAAGCAAUAACAAUAUGGAUAAAGAUGUCUUUAAGGCAACUUUCAUUCAGUUAUCUUAAAACAGCUGAAGCAGUCAUCAUGUAAUCAUCCGCUGGUCUUUUUUUGUCAACAUUUUUUUUACAUUUUCACUUCAAUUAAUAUUGUACACUCAUUAGUUGUGUCUCAUUGAGUCCUACAUCAAAUGGACUGGAACCGUUAAAUAACAACCCAACAUUAUUGAACAAAAUGUUGUGCUUAUCAUCUUCAAGAUUUAGCCAAACCCAAAAUUAUUUUUUUUAUCAAUCUUUUUAUUGAUGUUUACCUUUUUUUGUUUAUUACUCAAUUGUGUUAGAAUGAUUCAUUAUUAUUCAGCAACUCAACUUCACACAAACACCAUGUUCCGGACUAAUCAGUUUGUCAAUCAGAUUUCAGAUUGUUGUUUUACCAAACAUUUCACCAAAGUGUCAACUCAAGUGCCAAACAGGUUGGUAUUAUUGAGUGAAAUAUUUUUAAUCUUCAGGAAAUAUUACCAAGCCAUUGAGUUUACAAUGAAAUUGUUGAUAGAAAACUUUGAUACAUUUUUUAUUACCAAAUUAAUUCCGUUAAUUAUGUCAAAAUAGGUUUAAGGAUUUACAUGAUUCAAUAUUUUUCAUUAAUUUUACCACUAAUAAACAGAUUACAAAUUGUAAAGAAACAGUUGUUUAGUAAAAAUGUAUCAACAACUCUGUGGAUUAACCAUCAUUCACUACUGACACUUGUGAACAAUUCAAUAAAAGAUUAAUUUACAAAACUAUCAA